AUGUGUCCUUGUCUUCUCCACUGUUUCUUGUUGUUUCAUUGUUCAUCUCUCCUUGCUGGCCUCGUCUUGACCCCCUGCCCCAAAGGCUGCUGCUGUCCCUGUCCUGGUGCUCUGGUUCUGUGCGAGUCCCUGGGUCUAUAUACUCUACCUCGUUCCGUCCCCCUAAGCACCUCCAUCCUCUCUGUGGCCCGGAAUCGGCUCUGCAACGUCGAUAACGUGUUCCAGCCAUACUCAGGCCUACAAGAGUUGAGCCUCAGCCACAAUCAACUGGCUCGUUUCCCACGUGGGCUGCCUUCAAGUCUAGAGACGCUUCAGCUUCAAGAGAACCAGAUCACCUACAUCACCGCUGGGUCUCUGAGACAGCUGGGGAACCUCACACGCCUGGACCUGGACGACAACCGAAUACGGGCGAUUCAGCCAGGUGCACUAUUAAGACUGACCAGGCUGAAGAUGUUGACUCUCAAGGGGAACAGAUUGUCUCAUCUCCCAGCAAACUUACCUUCUUCACUAAUAUACCUUGAUGUGUCAGCAAAUUGCAUAUCUACACUAGAUCUACCUUCACUGAGUGCUUUGGUGAACCUGCAGGUGUUAAAGAUUAAUAGUAACUGUUUGCGUUCUAUACCUGAGCGGGCAUUUGAUGGACUGUCCCGUCUCCAGUCAGUGGAACUAGCCAAUAACCUAUGGGUUUGUGAAUGUGACAUACUGUACCUGUAUAGGUGGCUACUGAUGGACCGGUUACGGAUGGCUACAGUUCUAGUGUGUACGGCUCCUUUGCACUUGGCACAGAAGUUGCUUUUAACUCUAUCAGUCAUUGCCAUCUGUCCAAAACUAUUGAAGCCUAUUGAAAGAAUGCCAUCUGUAAAUACAACCACAGCAUCUGGGAAAGUGGUUGAAACCCAAGUAGCUCACACAACAAGUGCUUCUAUGCUGAAUAGAUCUGACACUGCAUGCAAAAUCAGUUCAUUAAGAUUUCAAGAAUCUUCAAAACUAUCAGAGAGUGCAAUAUCAUCUGCAGAGACUCUCACAAAACAGUCAUCUUUUCAUGGAAACCUAUCAAGGUCCUUCUUUGGAUCAGACCAGCCUACAUUAGAGAGACUGAGCUAUGAGGACUGCCUCUCUCUCAAUUUCUUGGCUAUUUUACCCCAGUCCACCCAAUUACCCUACAGUCCAGCCACAGAUGAAGAUCCUGGUUGUCUAGAGAAUUCAACAGGUCAGCAACCAGGAGCAUCAGCCAUUGUGGUGUCUGGCAAUUCUGUGACCCCUACCAAAGAGGUCGGACUGCAGCCUGAGCUUACUCCUCAGACAAUACUGCAGUCCAGUGACACAGCGCUCAUUGCAGUGUUGGCUGUGCUCUGUGUGUUUACAGGAUUCUUAAUGCUAACAGUGCUGUUGGUACUGAGGAACGUUUUCCUGCGAAACCUGAGAGUAGCACCAUUCCCACAGGUUCAGGGUGAAAAUAGCACACAUUGA